AGUCGCAUGGUGGCCGUUCGCGAAGCACUGUCCGUCUGGGUGUCCUCUCCAUAGGUAUUGAUACGUGAAGAAGACACCUGGUGCACUCUAAGAAAAAGAGUUUUUUUUUAAGUCACCUUCAACGAACUUGGUAUUAUUUUUUCGGGAAGUUUUGGGGCGAUCGCUUCUGGAGGUGGUGAACUCGUAGUGGAAGCUGGUAGUUUACUUCCUGGUCACAGAUUAUUAGAAUUCAUCUUCCUUUCGAUUCCCUAUUCCUGUAUAAACCGAAAACGGCGAGAAUGUGAUUUCGAAACUGAUAAGGGCGACUGCCCAUCACAUGUUCUUCUGACCGUCCCAUCGAAAUGAAUGCUGCAAUCGCCAUCAACUUUCGAUUGCUGCUAGUAGCUCACGUGAUCUCUUUGUUUCAUCAAUCUCUCGCGGGCACCUGUUGGUCGGCUAUGGUUCGCAACGGCAGCGGACGCUGCACUGAGCUGGUGCACGAAAAGAUAUCGAAAGAAGACUGCUGCGCCAGCAGAUCAGUCACUACGUCUUGGUCAGCAGACGAGUUCGACUCUGGCACCCUUUUCUUCUGGAGGGUACUAGGAGGAGGAGUGAGGUGUUUCCCUUGUCGAGAUUCUUGCAAGGAUGUCGUAUGUGAUGCAGACAAGACCUGCGUGAUGAGAAAGGGGGCGCCGAAGUGCGUCUGCUCCUCCAAAUGCAAGGAGGGAAAAGUCCGUCCACGUGGAACGGUUUGCGGCACCGACGGUCGAAGCUAUCGAAACGUGUGCAGGCUCAGAAAACACGCCUGUCGAAAGAGAUCUCACUCGCUCACAGUCGCCUACAAAGGCAUGUGUCAAAGUUCCUGUGAUAGAAUAAGCUGUCCAGCAGAGAAGCAUUGUCUGCUCGACCAGAACCUGAUGCCGCACUGCGCCCAGUGUUCGCGAAGAUGUCAGAGCAGACCGAAACGUCGUCAGGCGGUUUGCGGUUCGGACGGUGUGACCCACCCUAGCGCUUGUCAUUUGAAAGAGAAGGCUUGCCGUUUGGGCAAAGCAAUCCCUAUGGCGUAUAAAGGACCCUGCAAACCUAAAGCGACGUGCAAGAAGGUCCGCUGCAGGAUCGGAGAGUCGUGUCUGAAAGACCGCUCGACGGGUAGUUUGCGGUGCGUGGGAUGCUCGAUGGGGUGCCGCCCCCGACAUGCCAUGCGUGCGCCCCUGUGUGCCACCAACAACGCCACCUACCCCACGUGGUGUCACAUGAUGCAGGACGCGUGUCUCAAGGGGUACGUGCUCGAUACGCAGUACACGGGAAGGUGUAAGCCCAGGGUAACGAAAAUUUGAUCUACACUUUUCGAUUGAUAUUUAGUGAAUACAAAGCCAAAGAAUAAAAAAAUCGAUCUAAAAGAUCAAUGUAGUUGAAUAUUCAAAAAAUUAGCCAUGAAUUAGUUUGGAUGUUAGCCAAUUUGUUGUGUACUUAAAUAAAAUGUAUCGAUUAGAAAAAAUGUCUGCAGUAAAAUUGGAUAGAAAGUGCAUUUUAUAUAAAUGUUGGAAAUAUAAUAUAAUUAUGGAUAGUAUGCCAUAUAGGUAGAAGAGGUAUGAUGUAGAGUGCAGAGAAAAUUUGUAAACGAUAUUAUGAUACAAGUAAUCUUCAUUGGCUUCGAAAAGUUUUGCAAAGCAUUUUUGCCCUCUUAUUUUCUCGGAGAAAAAUAAAGUAAAUGUACAUUUUUUAUUUACAACCUGUUAAAACAUGGAUAAGGCGCCGUUUAUUGUGUAAUACUUUAUAUAGGUGACACGAAUCUAUUUUUACCUGAAAUUGUUCAUAAAUCUCAUAAAUCCCAGAUUCACUUCCUGCAAACGUUUCAGGAAUAUACAUUUAUACCAACCGAGCGUGAGUGGGUUAAAUGAAUAUAAUUGUAAUAAAUAGUUGCAGGAUGUAUCUCUUGGAAGUAGUCCAAAAACUGCAUUUACUAGAAAUUCGUCGUCUCCAUUCAGCUAUUAAGUUUGUUUUGGCAGGUCGUUUUAUUCUAAAAAUAUGUUAUUGGAUUUAGAACGAUCAUAUAUCGGACAGACAGAUUCAUCAAAAACCCUAAAUUAAAUAUGACGAAUACUCAAAUAAUAACUAUCCACACCAAAAAUUUCCUCCUUGUCCCCCCUUGGAUUGCCUUAUCUGGAAAAUCACGAAACCAAUUCGACAUACUGAGCAGAGCAAUCGAUCCAAAUGAAGGAUUUGUGUUUAGCAUCGCAUAAGGUUAUGGCAGCACCAAACUGAACAGACGAUUUCACCAAAUUCUAAACAUUUCUGAAAAAAAAUUAAUUCUUCUUCUGUUAAAGUUGUCGAUGAUUUCAACGCAAUAUGAAUCCAUUUUCUAGGAUGUGUAUCAUCGUAUACAGUGUGUCCCACUUACC